CUACAAAGACUUAUUUUGGGAGCUUCAGAAAAAGACCCAUAAAGCUAAGGGAGCUGUAAACCCUAACUGGUUGAUUGGAAGCUAGCUCAGUUGAUUAGCUCUCAUUCAGAAUCAGAAGAUAACAAGAGGCAUGAAUAGAGGUGGUUACCAGAGCUCACCGGUGCAACAAAUGAUUGCCGGAAACCCUAACUGGUGGAGUAUCAACAGCAUGAGGCCACCAAGUACCCAACCAUCUAUGAAUAUUUCUCCUUUUUUUCAGCCUCCUCCUCCUCUUCCUUCUAAUUUUUUAAUCCCACAAUUUGCACCCAGCAACAACAACACUUCCCCUUCUUCAACAACUUCUUCUUCAGGACUUGCCAUUCCUUCUUGGCAUAUUGAGAAUAACAUCCAGGAGCUUCCAGAGUCUUGGAGCCACCUCCUCUUGGGUGGAAUUGUAGGUGAAGAUGAGAAAGGGGCAAUCAUGAGACAAUUUCAUCAAGCUGCUAAGAAAUUGGAAAAUUGGGAGGAGCAAAUAUUAAAUAGCGCUCAAGCUCCAAAUGCUCCUGCUGUCGACGUGAAGCAAGAAAACUCAGGAAAUAGCAACGGCUUUGUGUACGGACAUCAUCAGGGGAAUGAUCACAUCCGAGAUUUUAAUCCAUCAGCUGCAGCUUUGUCUUCUUUGUCUCAGAUUAUGCAGUCAACUGCUGCCUCUGCAGCCUCAUCUCCUAAGUCAUCGUGUGUGACGAGUUUCAGCAACAACAAUAUGUUGGAUUUUUCUAGCAAGUCGGACGUGAGGCAUCCACCACCACAUCGGUCCUCUGAUCAGUGUAACAGCACUGGAAAUGGUGGGGCACUUAAGAGAGCAAGGGUUCAGCCUUCUUCAACCCCAACUACCUUCAAGGUGAGGAAGGAGAAAUUAGGUGACAGAAUUACAGCCCUUCAUCAGCUAGUUUCCCCAUUUGGGAAGACUGACACAGCCUCUGUUUUGUUAGAAGCUAUUGGGUACAUCAGAUUCCUUCAGAGUCAAAUUGAGGCCCUCAGUUUACCUUACUUGGGCAGUGGAUCAGGAAACAUGAGGCAGCAGCCACAGUUUGCUGUUCAUGGGGAGAGGAAUUGUAUGUUCCCUGAAGAUCCUGGUCAGCUGCUCAAUGACAAUUGCAUGAAACGGAAAGGAGCUUCUGAACAGGAUCCUCAUGAAGAGCCAAAAAAGGACCUGAGGAGUAGGGGCUUGUGUUUGGUUCCAGUUUCAUGUACCCUCCAAGUUGGGAGCGAUAACGGAGCUGACUAUUGGGCUCCGGCGCUCGGCUGUGGCGGUUUUCAGUAAAAUGACAUUUUGGUGGCACACAGUACUACUACUACAACUCUAAUUAAGCUAGAGACCGAUCAAGCUUCAUGGAAAUUAAUGAUAUAACAUCAUGAGCAGUCACUCUGCUAAAUUCAAAAGGCUGAUUGCUCAUGAUGCUAUACAAUAUUUAUUUAAUCUGUGCGUUUAUAUACAUACGCAUGCUUGUGUGCUUAAUUUGGCGGGACUACGAUGUCCUUAAACUCCCUAAUUUUAAGUUUAAUCUAUCUAUCUUUUCUUUUGCUGAA